ACAUGGUUGGUCCAACUCCAAAUAAUCCGGAAUUGCUGACAAACCCCCAAAACAAAACAAAAACCCCUACGUUUUUCCCAAAUCACACUUGUAACACAACCCACUACCUUCGUCACCACAUAAAUUCACACCUUUCUGCCACAAACUAGCCCCACUUUCCUUCUUUCCUCCUCUUCAUCUUCAUAAAAAUAUUAAAAACCACCCAAAAUAAAAUCUUCAAACCCUUCCAAAACCCUCCUUUUCUUCUUCAGUUCUUCUCCCUACUUCAUUACUCGUGCUUCAUUUCACACCCUUCUUAACCAACCAAACAACCCCUUUUUUCCACAAAAAUGGCGAUUGCUUUAUUACGCAGUCAAAGUAGUGCUAAUUUCCGCCAUUCUUACUCUAAUAAAAUCAAACAUCAUAAUUUCUACAAUAAUUCUACACAUAUUGGUUCUCAAAUUUGUCAUAAUCAUAAUUAUAAUCAAUUGCAACAGUUAUUACAACAACAGCAGAAUGUAAAGUAUUACUCCAGAUUCUCUAAUUUUUUCAGAAAAUCAGUCAAAGAAGUCGAGGUUCCGGCGCCGCCAUUUUUGUUUAGGCCGUCGGUUUCUUCGUCAACGUCGACAAAAUCGUCGGUUUUAUCGAAAUCUGGGUUUGUUGGGUGGUAUUUAGGGUUGAUUAAGUCUCGCCCUGUUCUUACUAAAAGUGUUACUUCUUCUCUUAUUUACAUUGCUGCUGAUUUGACUUCUCAGACUAUUGCAUUGCAAUCUUCUGAGUCGUAUGACUUGAUUAGGACGCUACGCAUGGCUGGAUAUGGAGGGGUGAUUUUAGGUCCGACAUUGCAUUAUUGGUUCAAUUUUAUGUCAAGAAUCCUUCCAGGAACGGGUUUACUGACAACAGUGAAGAAAAUGGCAUUGGGGCAGACAGUUUAUGGACCAACUAUGACCGUUACUUUCUUCUCGAUGAAUGCUGCUCUGCAAGGUGAAGAUGCCAUGGAAAUUUUUGCGAGAUUGAAGCGGGAUUUACUUCCAACAAUGCUAAAUGGUGUCAUGUAUUGGCCGAUAUGUGAUUUCAUCACAUUCAGAUUUGUUCCUGUCCACUUACAGCCGCUAGCGAGCAAUUCAUUUUCUUAUCUGUGGACUAUUUAUAUGACAUACAUGGCAAGUUUGGAAAAACCAAGUGUGGCUUGAUGAUGCAUUUUUUAUUCAGGAGCUAGAUGGCUUUCUGGAACAAAUUUAUCAACUAUUUGAUAAUGGAUUACCUUCAUCUCUUAUAGUAACUAAACCAGCUUCCUUGCCUAUUCAGUUGACCGUGGCUGGCUGGUUAAGUUUUGUAAUAUAUUUCAGUAUUAAAAAAAAAAAAAAUUGUUACUUUAUUAAGUCUUUGCUAUUUUAUGUAGUAUGUUAAUUUGCUGUAAUUUUUUUGGGAUGUUAUGUCCACUUAAAUUAUGCAGAAUGGCUGAAUGGGGGUCAAAAUCAGGGAAGUCUUAUUGCGUUACUGUGAUGCAUUAGGGAAUUGUAUAACAUGGCAUUUUGUAAAUAAUUUUAAUUUUGUUUGGGCCUAUAUUUCUCUUUUC